UUCCAUUCCCUUAAGAGUAAAUAGGAAACAAGAAGCGGAAUGGCGAUCGCAUUUAAUUUGGCGAUCUGUUCAAUAAUUUUACUCGGUACUGUGGGACCCAGUAAGCCUCAGAUAGUUCCUUUAGUUCCUAUACUUCCACCCAAUACGUUUGUAGUACGAAAACCUCUAGUACCUAUAGUACCUCUUGUACCACUGGCACGAUCACAAAAUCAGGCUCAACGCCAGCAGCCCAAAUCUGAUGAUGUCCUUGAUUCAGGACCUCAACCAAGGUCAUGUUCAAAGUGUGAGCAAGCUAGUUACCCGCAAUAUAUUUCUGAAGCGGACAUCCAGAUUGUCGCCAAGUUGGAGACGCCUAAACUGAUCCUAAGAUACGGACAUCAAGUAGAGACCCAUUACGCAUUCACUGCCGAUGGCUACAAACUCUGCCUACACCGAAUUCCGCGGCCAGGAGCCAUACCCGUCAUGUUGGUCCAUGGCCUGAUGGCCAGCUCGGCCAGUUGGGUGCAGUUCGGACCAUCUCAGGGUCUGGCCUACAUCCUGUCCCAAGCCGGCUACGACGUCUGGAUGUUGAACACCAGGGGAAACAUCUACUCCGAGGAGCGCCAGACCGGUCGCGAGAAAGACCAGGACUUCUGGGACUUCUCCUUCCACGAGAUCGGGCAGUACGAUGUACCCGCAGCCAUCGACUUGAUUCUGCUGCAAACCAAGAUGCCGAGCAUCCAGUACAUUGGUCACUCGCAGGGAUCCACGGCCUUCUUUGUGAUGUGCAGUGAAAGACCCGAGUAUGCCGCCAAGAUCUCGCUGAUGCAGUCCCUCUCGCCAUCAGUUUAUAUGGAAGAAACACGCAGUCCAGCACUCAAGUUCAUGAAAUUUUUAACAGGUGGCAUCACAGUGCUGUUGAAUUUCCUUGGCGGCCACAAGAUCUCCCUUGAAAACAAGAUCAUUAACAUGUUUCGUGAGCACAUCUGUGACAAGCUUAUUCCCAGUCGCAUUUGCGCCAUCUUUGAAUUUGUGGUCUGCGGAUUUAACUUCAACAGCUUCAAUAUGACACUGUCACCCAUUUUGGAAGGCCACUCUUCGCAGGGAGCCUCCGCCAAGCAGAUCUAUCAUUUCGCCCAGCUGCAGGGCUCGUCUGGAUUUCAGAAAUACAAUUACGGCCUCAUUCUGAAUAAGCUACGAUACAACUCCCUCCUCCCACCACUUUACAAUCUUUCACUGGCACUGAGCAAGGUGGCCCUUCACCGCGGAGAUGGCGACUGGUUGGGAUCCGAAUCGGAUGCCCUUCGGCUCGAGCGAAGCCUGCCCAACUGCAUAGAAAACAGGAACAUUCGCUUCCAAGGAUUCUCUCACUUCGACUUCACGAUCUCGAAGGACGUUCGACCCUUGGUGUACGAUCGCGUAGUCAAUCUGUGCGGCUCGAACCGUUAAAUGCUGGAAAACUAAUUUUACUUUUAGUUAACAACUGAAUUAUUAGCAAAGCAAUUAAAUGAUUUUCUUGCAACAGA